AUGACCUUACCGAAAUGCAAACUGAACCAACAUCGCAUCCCGGGAUGGACCUUCCCCUGUCAUUUACUUCUGAGCAUUCUGCUGCUGUUCACCCUAGUCAUUUUGGGGGGCUGUCAUCCUCAGUGUUUGGAUUACAAACCACCUUUUGAGCCCCAACAGGCACUGCUUUUCUGCAAGGAGUACGCCAAGUUCGGAUGCUGUGAUGAGGAAAAGGAUCAUCAGUUGUCCGUCAGGUUUUACACCAUCAUGGAGCACUUUGAUCAUUCCGGUUAUGCCACCUGUGGAAAGUUUAUACGCAACCUCCUCUGUCAGGAGUGUUCUCCAUAUGCUGCUCACCUGUAUGAUGCAGAGGAUGCAAACACACCCAUGCGCAUUUUGCCUGGACUAUGUGACAGCUAUUGCAAUGACUACUGGCACCAGUGUAGAUACACACUGAGUUUACUCCUGGAAGACCAGGGGAACCCAAGGGAGUAUGUAAAUCUGACCGCCACACUGGAGGAAGAUCACAGACGCUUCUGUGAAUUUUUGGAGCUGAAAGACAAACAGUACUGCUACCCUAAUGUUUUGACAAAUGCAGAACUGAAUGCUAACCUGGGUUUUGUUCGAGAGGAUGCCGAAGGCUGUCUUGAGAUCUGCUUGCAGGAAGUUGCAAACGGGCUCCGAAACCCGGUGGCUAUGAUCCAUGCAAAUGAUGGAACCCACCGUUUCUUUGUGGCAGAGCAGCUGGGCUAUGUGUGGGUCUAUCUGCCCAAUGGCUCCAGGAUUGAUCGCCCAUUCCUGAACCUCACACACGCUGUCCUGACAUCACCUUGGGCUGGAGACGAGAGAGGAUUCCUGUGCAUAGCCUUGCAUCCAAAGUUCACCACUGUCAGAAAAGCUUACGUUUACUAUUCGGUGUCUGUCAAGAAGGAGGAGCGGAUACGCAUCAGCGAGUUCACACUGUCAACAAAUGAUGACAACCAGCUUGACCACUCCUCAGAAAGAACCAUCCUGGAGCUGGUUGAACCAGCAUCCAAUCAUAAUGGGGGGCAGCUUUUGUUUGGGCAUGACGGAUAUUUGUAUAUCUUCAUUGGAGAUGGUGGUCGAGCUGGGGACCCCUUUGGAAAAUUUGGCAAUUCACAGAACAAGUCAACCCUCCUUGGCAAGGCACUACGUAUUGAUAUUAACAAUAAUGAUGAUAGUGCCCCAUACAGAAUCCCUUCAGACAACCCAUUUCUGGGGGAGAAGGGGAGCCUUCCAGAAAUUUAUGCUUACGGUGUACGCAACAUGUGGCGCUGUUCCAUUGACCGUGGAGACCCGAAGACAGGUUUUGGUCGAGGCAGGAUGUUUUGUGGUGAUGUCGGGCAGAACAAAUAUGAAGAAAUAGACAUCAUUGUAAAAGGAGGCAAUUAUGGAUGGAGAGCAAAAGAAGGCUUCAGCUGCUAUGAUCGCAGACUUUGUCGCAACUCAUCGUUGGAUGACAUCUUGCCUAUCUUUGCCUACCCUCAUAAAAUGGGCAAAUCAGUGACAGGGGGAUACAUUUACAGAGGUUGCCAGAUGCCCAACCUGAACGGACUCUACAUUUUUGCGGACUUCAUGAGCGGGCGAUUGAUGUCCUUAAGGGAGAAUCUGGCAACAGGUGAAUGGCAAUACAAUGAGAUCUGUAUGGGAAGAGACCAGACGUGCAGGUUCCCCAAACUCGUCAACAGUUAUUAUAAAUACAUCAUCUCUUUUGCAGAGGAUGAGGCUGGUGAAUUGUACUUCCUUGCCACGGGUGCUCCAAGUGCCACAGUUAAAGCAGGAUUCAUCUAUAAAAUAGUUGACCCCUCCAGGCGAGCGCCACCAGGUAGAUGUAAUGUCAAGCCCUCCCCAGUAAAGAUAAAGGGAAAACUUGUUCACUUUCAUCCCCGAGAAGAAUUAGUCAUCGACAAGACUCCAGCCACCACCCCUCUUCCCACGACAACGCUUUGCUUCUUUGAAUGGCUUCAGUGUGGUUAUCGCUCGGCUCUCUACACCUCAGCCUCCUCUGGGAUUCAAACCCCAACCGCCACUUCAACAAGGAGAUACAUGAGACCCCCUCAACCCCACCCAACUGCCACGUCCCGACCAGUAACCUACCCCCUCCCUCGUCCUCCUCUGUCCACAAAGCAAACCUACAUGGCUUUGACCACUGCACGUUAUCCUGAGCAUCCAAGGAGGUUGACAACACCACGGCCACCAUACUGGAACCCAAAGCCUACACCCUACAAGCCCCAACGACCCCUGAUAAACACCACUCAGACAAAAACACAGGAGGGGAAACUUGGGUUAGCAGAGAAGACUGACAACACAGACGGACAGGAAGGAAAUCAAGUGAAUAAGCGGCCCAGGGGAGGAAGCAGAGGUUACGGUUAUAAAAGAGUAAGAGGAGGAGGAAGGAUGCGCGUUGGCUCGGUACGUCUUGUCAGCGCCGAUGGUCUAUCGGAUAGAGGACGAGUUGAGAUCUUUAUCCGUGGGGAGUGGGGGACUGUGUGCGAUGACCUUUUCACCACUAAGGCAGGUACUGUAGUGUGUCGACAACUCGGCUUCACAACGGCAAUGGCUAUUAUAAAGAGGGCUGGGCUGGGCCAGGCAGAUCGCAGCGUCAGGAUCUACUUGGAUGAUGUGGAGUGUGAGGGCGGGGAAAGGUCGCUGCUUGAGUGCAAGCGAUCAAGAGUUGGGAAGCACAACUGUUCGCAUGCAGAGGAUGUGGGGGUUAUCUGUGGUUAG